ACACUGGUCAGGCACCACCUACCCUGGGAGACGCAGCUGCCCCCUGCGCAGAGCACCCUUCCCUCAGUGACCACCAUGUCCCAGACCAAAUCCCUGAAGGUUCGCGUGACCCUCUUCUGCAUCCUGGUGGGCAUGGUGCUGGCCGUGGUGGCUGUGGUGACUGACCACUGGGCCGUGCUGAGCCCCCACAUGGAGCACCACAACACCACCUGCGAGGCAGCCCACUUCGGCCUCUGGAGGAUUUGCACCGCACGCAUCGCAGUGGAUGCCAGAAAGGACAGGGGCUGCGGACAUCUCACCCUGUCUGGGGAGAAGAACUGUUCCUACUUCAGACAUUUCAACCCAGGCGAGAGCUCGGAGAUCUUCGAAUUCACCACUCAGAAAGAAUACAGCAUCUCAGCGGCAGCCAUCGGCAUCUUCAGCCUCGGCUUCAUCAUUGUGGGCACCGUCUGUGCAGUCCUGUCCUUCCGCAAGAAGCGGGAUUACCUGCUGCGGCCGGCAUCUAUGUUCUACGCCUUUGCAGGGCUCUGCAUCCUGGUCUCGGUAGAGGUCCUGCGGCAGUCAGUGAAGCGCAUGAUUGACAGUGAAGACACCGUCUGGAUCGAGUACUUCUACUCCUGGUCCUUCGCCUGCGCCUGUGCCGCCUUCAUCCUGCUCUUCCUCGGCGGCAUCGCCCUCCUGCUCUUCUCUCUGCCCCGAAUGCCCCAGAACCCCUGGGAGUCCUGCAUGGAUGCCGAACCUGAGCACUAGACCUCAGGAAGCUUAGCCCCAGCCCACAAUCUUCUAGAGAGGAGGCAGGGGUUUUACACCUGCCCCUUCCCCUCUGCCCCACCCACAACACCUGUGGGCAGCAACCAGCUCCUCUAACGAGAAAGUGGACGUGAGCCAGACCUGCCCAGGGUUGGAGGGAGGAAGGCCAGCAGGUGCACAAGGGCUUGGAGGGGCCCCACCUUCUAGAGGGCUUAAGGUUGUCCCUGCUGCACCUGCUGCCUGAGAUAAGCCAGCUCCUGUGGUCUUGAAAAACCUUACAGGGACAGCCUGUGCUCCUUUUACCCAUGCUGGGCGCUCCCUGUGUAGAAAGCUGGCACCUCUCUUCUCUGUGACAAUAUACACCCUUUUCAGUGAAUUGAAUAUCCCUCCUUGGCGUCCAGGAGCCCUGAGGGGCAUUUGUAACUGGG